CAUUACGUGACCAACUUCUUUUCGUCUUCUUCAUAUUCAUUUGAACGCUGCACAAACUCAACCCCCUCCCCUCCUCUCUCUGUAAUAAAGACUCCCCUUUCAUGGCGUCUUCUUCUGGUAGCUUAGAUACUAUUGCCAAUUCUUCCAACUUUACUUUCUCUACACAUCCUUUCAUGUCCGCCACUUCUUUUACUGAUCUUCUCGCCUUUCCAAAUCCUACCGAUCACGAUAACGAUUAUGAACUCAGUAACACUCGUGGCUUAGCCGAUAGAAAUGGCUCCGGUGUCCCCAAAUUCAAGUCUAUUCAACCUCCUUCACUGCCCAUCUCCCCCCCUUCCAUUUUCUCUCCCUCUUCUUACUUCUCCAUCCCUCCUGGCCUCAGCCCCGCUGAGCUCUUGGAUUCCCCCGUCUUGUUAAACACAUCUAACAUUUUGGCAUCUCCAACAACAGGAACAUUUCCAUCUCAAGCCUUCAAUUGGAAGACCAAUUCUGGAAACAAUCAGCAAAAUGUCAAAAAAGAAGAUCAAAACUUCUCUGAUUUCUCUUUCCAGACACAAACAAAACCCAACUCAACCAUGUUUCAAUCUUCUACCAUCACUGUUACAACUGCACCACCACCGCCCCAGCAACAACAACAAUGGAGCUACCAAGAAUCAACAAAGCAGGAUGUGAAAUCCGAAUACGCGUCUUCGAUGCAGAGGUUUUCCCCUGAGAUUGCAACUCUUCAAACCAACAGCAACCAAAGCAAUAAUGGGUUCCAAUCAGAAUAUGGGAACUACCAUCAGCCGGGUCAGUCCAUUAGGGAGGGUAGAAAAUCUGAUGAUGGAUAUAAUUGGAGAAAAUAUGGACAAAAACAAGUGAAGGGAAGUGAAAAUCCAAGAAGUUAUUACAAGUGUACUUACCCCAAUUGUCCAACAAAGAAGAAGGUUGAGAGAUCUUUAGAUGGACAAAUAACUGAGAUUGUUUACAAGGGUAGUCACAAUCAUCUGAAGCCUCAAUCGACAAGGCGAUCAUCGUCUUCAUCGGUUAGUUCUAAUGCAGUUCAACUUUCUGGUGAAGUCCCGGAUCAAUCACUUGCCACACACGGCAGUGGACAAAUGGAUUCUGUCGCAACCCCGGAGAAUUCUUCAAUAUCGGUCGGGGAUGACGAUUUCGAUCGGGGAUCACAGAAGAGUAAAUCUGGAGGAGAUGAGUUUGAAGAUGAUGAACCUGAGGCCAAAAGAUGGAAAACUGAGGUGGAAAAUGAAGGCAUUUCAGCUCCUGGAAGUAGAACAGUGAGAGAGCCCAGAGUUGUGGUUCAAACAACAAGUGACAUUGAUAUUCUAGAUGAUGGAUAUAGAUGGAGGAAAUAUGGACAGAAAGUUGUUAAAGGGAAUCCAAAUCCAAGGAGCUACUACAAGUGUACAAAUCCAGGGUGUCCUGUGAGAAAGCAUGUUGAGAGAGCAUCUCAUGAUCUCAGAGCAGUGAUCACAACCUAUGAGGGGAAGCACAACCACGACGUUCCGGCAGCUCGUGGCAGCGGCAGUCGGGUGUUGCCGGACAACAGUAACAACAACAAUAACACCAAUGCAGCCAUGCCAAUGAGGGUUCCAACUGUGAACCAUCACACUAAUAACUCCAUCAACAAUCCUCUUCGCAAUUCGAGGCAACCAUCCUCAGAAGGCCAAGCACCCUUCACUCUGGAAAUGUUGCAAACCCCCGGGGGCUUCGGAUUUUCAGGUUUCGGAAAUUACAUGAAUGAGGCACAAGCCACGGACAAUUUGAUGUCAAGAGCCAAGGAUGAACCAAGGGAUGACAUGUUCUUUGAGUCAUUGCUAUAUUGA